GAGGAAACCAAUGGCAAACGUUGUGUAUGGUUGCAAGGAUGAGUUUCUCCCCCUUGAAAAUAUCCAUUCGCAUAGAAAUGGGAGGCACAGUGACCAACUCUUGCUUCUUAGCUGGUCUAACAUGACCUUCAAAACUCCUUAGGACAUACUGGUCUUUGGCGUGGCAGCAUCUCGCGUCAGACUCAGGGUGGCUGGGUUUCUCACAGCUGCCUGGAUGUGUGUGACUCGCAGCUCUAAGGACAGAAUUGCCAAAGCAAUACAAAAACACGGACGAAAAGCAAGCCACAAAACCCCAUGCCUUACACAUUAGGCUGAUGAGUGAAGUCGCGGAAGGUGGGUCUGCUCUUGCCCUUUUAAAAUUCCAGUGCAGCAAACACACACACACACACCCGCUCGGUUCUUCCCACUCCCGCCACACUGCACCAGCUUCCGUCCCCAAGUCCUGAUUCAUGAACCGUGCCACCUUUGUCUCAUUUUAAACUGUGCAGACUAUUUUAAUCUUGCCACCCCCAUCCCAGAUUUCCCCCUCCCUUCAUCCUCUGGAAGCUCUGAUGUAAAGCGCUUGCUAGGUGGGAGAGCGCUUCUCCCAAUCCGCUCGGGUAAGCGAGUUUCCGAGAAGCCCCCUCCCCGGGACCCCGCCGCAAGCGCGGGGGAAGCGCCUCGGUCCCUUUAAGGUGCCGCGCUCUCCGAAGUGCGGGCAGGGAGCCUGGGCGCCGGCGCGGGUCCUGGAGCCGGGUGGGGAAGUCCUGCGCCCUCCCCCUCCGUCCGCAGCCCAGCCUCGGGGGCCAGCCCCCUCCGCCCACCGCACACGGGCUGGCCAUGCGGUGGCUCUGAACGAUGUCCUCCUCCUCCUACGCCAAGAACGGGACCGCGGACGGGCCGCACUCCCCCACCUCGCAGGUGGCCCGAGGCACCACAACCCGGAGGAGCAGGUUGAAAAGAUCCGAUGGCAGCACCACUUCGACCAGCUUCAUCCUCAGACAGGGUUCAGCGGAUUCCUACACAAGCAGGCCGUCUGACUCCGAUGUCUCUUUGGAAGAGGACCGGGAAGCAAUUCGACAGGAGAGAGAACAGCAAGCAGCUAUCCAGCUUGAGAGAGCAAAGUCCAAACCUGUAGCAUUUGCCGUGAAGACAAAUGUGAGCUACUGCGGCGCCCUGGAUGAGGAUGUGCCUGUUCCAAGCACAGCUAUCUCCUUUGAUGCUAAAGACUUUCUACAUAUUAAAGAGAAAUAUAACAAUGAUUGGUGGAUAGGAAGGCUGGUGAAAGAGGGCUGUGAAAUUGGCUUCAUUCCAAGUCCACUCAGAUUGGAGAACAUACGGAUUCAGCAAGAACAAAAAAGAGGACGUUUUCACGGAGGGAAAUCAAGUGGAAAUUCUUCUUCAAGUCUUGGAGAAAUGGUAUCUGGGACAUUUCGAGCAACUCCCACGUCAACAGCAAAACAGAAGCAAAAAGUGACGGAGCACAUUCCUCCUUACGAUGUUGUGCCGUCAAUGCGUCCGGUGGUGUUAGUGGGGCCGUCACUGAAAGGUUACGAGGUAACAGACAUGAUGCAGAAAGCCCUCUUUGAUUUCCUGAAGCACAGGUUUGAUGGGAGGAUAUCAAUAACGAGAGUGACAGCUGACAUUUCUCUUGCUAAGAGGUCUGUCCUAAAUAAUCCCAGCAAGAGAGCAAUAAUUGAACGUUCGAACACCCGGUCCAGCUUAGCGGAAGUACAAAGUGAAAUUGAAAGAAUCUUUGAGUUGGCAAGAUCUUUGCAACUGGUCGUUCUUGAUGCAGACACCAUCAAUCACCCAGCACAACUUAUAAAGACUUCCUUAGCACCAAUUAUUGUUCAUGUAAAAGUCUCAUCUCCAAAGGUUUUACAGCGGUUGAUUAAAUCUAGAGGAAAGUCACAAAGUAAACACUUGAAUGUUCAACUGGUGGCAGCUGAUAAACUUGCACAAUGCCCCCCAGAAAUGUUUGAUGUUAUAUUGGAUGAAAAUCAGCUUGAGGAUGCGUGUGAACAUCUAGGGGAGUACCUGGAGGCGUACUGGCGUGCCACCCACACAACCAGUAGCACACCCAUGACCCCGCUGCUGGGAAGGAAUUUGGGCUCCACGGCACUCUCACCAUAUCCCACAGCAAUUUCUGGGUUACAGAGUCAGCGAAUGAGGCACAGCAACCACUCCACAGAGAACUCUCCAAUUGAAAGACGAAGUCUAAUGACCUCUGAUGAAAAUUAUCACAAUGAAAGGGCUCGGAAGAGUAGGAACCGCUUGUCUUCCAGUUCUCAGCAUAGCCGAGAUCAUUACCCUCUUGUGGAAGAAGAUUACCCUGACUCAUACCAGGACACUUACAAACCCCAUAGGAACCGAGGAUCACCUGGGGGAUAUAGCCAUGACUCCCGACAUAGGCUUUGAGUCUAAUGAAACAAAAAAUAUUCAUCUGUUGACAAUUUGCCAUAGCAGUGCUAGGAUAAACCAAUCAUCUUAACUUGGCUAACAUAGCACAGUAUUUACUGUGCUAAUGGGCUGCUGUCAUUUUAUGCUAAGUAAGGGGCAAAAAAAAAAUUACAUUAUGCCCUUGAGUCUAGAUGGAUAUUAGAUGCCCGAUCAUAUAGAUAUUUUUAAGUGCAACAUUUACAUGAUAACAGUACAUUUUGUUUUCUUCAUAGAUUUAGACACAUCAAUUUGUAAUUUAGGGUACUUACAAGGCACAUAUAAAAUAAUUUCCCAUGCCGGAAAUUCCAAAUGACCAGUUCCAGUUGGAACCAAUUUAUAAACCAAUUCCUGUUGGAAUUUGGGUGAAUUGACUAGAAAGUCUACUUGAGCAUGUUGUAAUCAACUGAAAAAUCUGGGGGAAAAAAAAAAAAACUAAUAAGAAAAUCGAAAUACCAAUAGAAGCCAAAUCCAGCUUUGGUAUUUAUUUGCUGGAAGCUAAAUUUACACUUAAAGUUGGAGUGUAUAAACAUUUUAAUAUAUGUUAAUGUUGCCAGAAUGACUUUUCAAACUUACCAAAUGUAUUGAUAGUGCCAAAAAAAAUCUCAGAAAUCUUAAUGCAGAAAUUAUAUAGUCUCCUCAGAUUUUAAUAUUUUUCUUUCUUUCCUGGCACAGCUGUUGUAUUCAAAGUGUUUUGCUUUUUGUUUGGUCAGUACUGUUAGCUCAUUUGAAGUUGGCAAAAACAAAUACAAACAAGCAAAAAACCUCAAAUUUUUUUCAGCAGUGAGAGAGAAUAGUAAAGAGAGGCCCAAGCAUAGCUGUUAUGUGAAAUAUAAAAUGGGGUGUUGUUCUCCCUUUAAUCAAUCUGAGCACAACUACAUACAUCCAGGAAUCUGAAGUCAGAUAGUAAGGAUGUGGUACCAAUCCUCCCGAGUGCAAUGCUAAACACUUCCAGGUGGGAAUUCAUCUAUUUCACUUAACACAAACGCAGGGUCUGUAUUUCCUGCCAACAAGAUUGAGUAUCUUUCCAUUGCUUCUCUCAGUCUCUGUCUUUGAAUAUCUGAAUGUUCUGGCCCUUCAACAAAUUCUUUAAAUCAUGCUAAGGAAUUUCGUUUUAUGUGGACACACUCAACUUUGAUAUUCAGGAGGUGUUUUUACAAAAUGACUGAUUGAAAAAAGUUGAAACAAAUGAUUUUAAAAGCUUGCAGUAAAAAAUAAACUCAUAGAUUCAGCAAAUAUUUGUUGACUAAAAUUAUAGCAUUUUUAAUGCAGAAAAUUAUAAAGAAUUUGGAGAUUGAGCUGCCUUAUUUCUAAUGAACACUCCUCUUCAUCUUAUUAAGUCUUCACAGUUUUUCCAGUGGCUAUAAUUAUGGAAUUGGUGACCUAUAUUUUAUAUUAUCAAGGAAGCCUUAGAUUCACUCUGAUCCAAGAAAUUAUUGAAAUUGACCCUUUUUACACAAAUGUCUUUAAAAAAAAAACUUAUUUCUAAACGUCCAUAGUGCAUGCAUUUUCUAAAACCCCAAUAAGUCCAGCCAUAAAAGUUCUUUUCUGCUAGUACAUGUCAUGAAGCCUAUUUUUGAAAAUAAUGAUAAUUAAUUUUAUAGUAUCUUCUUUUCUCCCCAAGCCUUUCAGUAUUCAGGCACUCAAAGCAUGCACCAGUUCAGUAAUCUUCUUGACCAUGGAAAUAAGUUCCACAUUACUGAUGAGUUAUAUAUAUAUCUUGAACCCCAUUACAACCUCACCACAUCCCCCUGCAUUUAUGUUCAGUGUUUGUACCCCAUUAUGAACCUGUUUAGCUGAUAAUGAGGAUACCUAUAAUUCUGUAAGUCAUUUCAAAUAUUUGAUACAAUUAAAAAAUAUGGGCUUAGUAAAUUUUAAAAGUUAACAUGUGAUACUGGCUUGUGAGAUUCUUCUGUCAUCUAGUGAAGCUUAUAAAACUUUCAGUUAAGACAUUUUAAAAGAGUUAUAUCCAUUAGGCACUUUAAUAAACAUAUAACCUGCCAUUACUGAAUACUUUGUUAGAACACAGAAGAGCAUCUUCCAGCAAACAAAAAUAUAUUUAUUACAUGUACAGCAUAUACUUGCAUGAGAAAGAAAACAUUAGCCAAAACAUUUUUUUAUAUGCUUUACUGGUUUCUUGUUUGUGCGCAUUAAAGUAUUUAAUUGCAAAGAGUGCACCAAGGUGUACAAAUUUAGACUAGACAGCUGUUCAGCUUUUUCUGUAGUAGCAUUAGCAGUUUGGUCAUUUAACUACUUUAAGAUACUUACAUUUUAUGGCAGGUAGCUGUAACAGCAUUUAAAUAUAUUUCCUAGUCAUCAAGAUUACCAUCUUCUUUCAACUUUUUAAAAGUCACUUGUUUUUAAAGGUUUUUCAAAGCCUUGUUUUUAGUCUUCCAUGUCAUGCCGAUAAAGAGAGUCUCAUUCAAUAUCUGUGCACAAAACCAAUCUAUCAAUUACCAUCAGAUGUCCAUACCUGUUUUGCUUUGCAUUCUUAUUCAAAAGCUGACAAUCUUGGAAAGGGUAUAAUGUAUAUUUUAUUGAUGGAUAUAUUUAAAUGUUUACUUUAAUUUGGAAUAUUCUUUCCCCUUCCUUCUGUAAUAAGUUUAUCUUCCUCAAAUAAGGGGAUAUACAUCUUAUUUUUUUUAAAGACUUAAGAGUUUAUUGUGUAAAUGAUACUUAAAAUCUAGAUAUAUACUAAAUGAAAAGUUUUAUUUUUGCCAAGCACACCAAGAACCUUUGAAAAAUACAUACUCCAUAAAUACUUUGUUUUUAAUUAAUUUCAUUUAAAGAUAGCAAAUGAUUAUAAGCAAGAGAAACAAGUCUUUUACUGUUUUGAGACUGUUUUAACUUACAGUAUAAGCCACAUACUAGAAUUCUGUAAUUUCAGUCACAGACAUAUAAUAAUGUGGACUCAUGUGACAAUGUGGAAAUGUAGUUCUGGAAAAAAACGAAUGCAAUUUGUCAAUCCUGAUGUUAAUUCUCAAGGGUAUAAUGUCACUCUAAUAUUAUAGCCAACAACAUUAUCUUGUUUAAUAUUUAAAGCAACAUUUAGAAAUGUUUAUAAAUGAUGAUUCUCUCUUAUCUUUAUACAGUUCUAUUGGAGAGAAGGUUGAAAUUGUUCACAAUUUAGAUGAUGGUCUUUCCUAAUAAGAGUCUUAAUUUUGUGACUAUAUAAGUCAUUGCAGUUAGUCUUUAAUGAAAUGAAUUUUAUUAAUGUAAAACAAAUUCUGAGACAAUUAUUUGUUUCCUUUAAAUAAUUUGCUAUUUAAUUAUUAUUGUCAUUGUUUGCAAAAUGUAUUUUUGGAAUGUUAACCUCUUUUCAUACCUGCAUACUUGAACUUGUCUUUUGUGUGGGGGCCUUAAAAUUCAUAAUAGGAAGUGGAGGCAGUGAAAGGAAGUAAGAAAAGGAAAUUAUGCUAAAAGAUGGUUUGCAAAUUUAAACUCUUUAAAUGAACAUAUCACAAAAUGUUGUUAAGACCCAGGAUGUCUGUUAAGAAUGUGUCUUGGCAACCUUAAUUUGCAUGUUAGUAUAUAUUUUCUUAGUUACACAGUUUUAUUUUGGUAUUUGCUUAAAAAAAUGUAAUACCAUUGUAGAAAUUACCCUAUGUACUGAUAUAUUUACUACCUCUUCUCUAGAGAAGACAAUCUGUCUUUAAAGGGAAAAACACUGGUCAAUAAGUAGUGAUCAAAAUUAUCACUAUUCUGGCUAACCUUGCUGCAAAGCUAAAUGCAUAGAUUAUUAAAAUAUGCCUUCCCUUUAGAUUUUAAAAUGUUUCCAAAAUGCUCUUUGGCACCCUUUCAUUUCUUCCACGUUAGUGAAGUUUUCUUUGAAUUGGUUCAGUUUAUCAUGAGGCAAGGUUAAUUUAACAAAUAAGUCAUCAUAGGGAACAAAACAAACUGCAAGGGAAUUGCCUUUGUGUGCAACUUGUUAUAAUAUCUAGUUCUAAGUCUAAAGGAGUAAAAGUCCAAAGACUUUAUGUUUAAGAGCAGCUGGUUUGCAAAUUCACAUUUUGUUGGUCCUUGACUUCCACAGAGCAUGACUUAGCCAUUUACUGGGUAAGGAUAUGCAUUAUCUUGGACUCCCAUGUAAUUGGAAUAAACUUCAUAUCAAUGUUUCAAAUAAAUGCUAUGUACCCCUUA